GCCUGUUUCUCCCUCUCUUUCCAUCCUUUUUCGCUUCUUCCGGCCGUGCUUUCGAUUUUCCACUCUUUUUGCGUCUUUACCGACCAUCGUUGUGGAUUGAUUGACGAUAGAAUCCAUUGUUGUUAACAGCAAUCGAGUACCCUGCUCCAACGGAAAUUGUUAGUGCAGACGGUCACUGCUCGACAAUUGAACGACACCUCAUACGAAGGACAUCCGUUAUGUACACGACAGCAACGAGAUCUACUUUACCAUCGGAAGUCCUCUUGUGAAGGACUUCACAGCUCGGAGGAUUGCCAGGCAAAUUGAUAAGGUCUAGCAGGCACAUGGCGUCGCGUGGGCCACCCAAUUCCCCAUGGCCGUGUACCCAGCAGAGUGAUGCGGGUGACCAGCCCAGGUACCUCGUUGACCAACACCAAUGCCUGGCCCAUGUGGAGGGAUGAGGACAACGCAAAAACCCAGCACACACCUGAGAAGUGAAAGAGAAACCACCAAUCGACCACCUCGACUUUCAUUACGGGGAAGACAAUUUCCAAAGUCAAAGUUACACACCCACCACAUUGAGCGUGGAAAUGGGACUUCGACAUGAUGCGGGCAUGUUGAUGGGUCGACAUAGAAUCCCGUUCUUGCCAGACUUCAACUUGGUGGCUGGUGGGGUACGCAGCAGGUACCGAAGCGCACGGCAAGCCCAAGAGACGACAUGAGGAGAUGACGGAGUCAACUGCAGCGGUCAAGCACCAUGGAGAAUCGGCGACAAGAAAGGGACUAUAAAGCGGGGGAAUGAACUCUUCCAUGUUUCCUUGGGAACUGAACUUUCUGCUGACAUUGUAGCUUGACACGCGGAACUCACUCAGCGAUACAACGAUGCUCAAGUCUUUUCGGCCCAAAUUCAGACACCACCCUGUACAGCAUUAUCACAUCGAAACCAAGUGCCAAUUCCUUCAAAAACCCGGAAACAUGGUGGCCACUCCUGGGAUCUCAUAUAUCGGCCAUGGACUCACCUUUCGAACCUUGAUCGUUUUAAAGAAACAGGAUGCCGCAACCUGGGGCCGAAACCGAGAACAAAAGACCAUAUCGGAGCAAGAUGGGAUACAAUGGAUGAAGAUUCAUGACCACACGGGAACCGUGGGUUCCUUUGAUUCGCCAUUGACCUCGACCAUAGCCACGAUACUGCCGCUAUGACAUUGAAUGUCCAUGAGGCAAUUUGUUUCGACAUUGCCGGACAUCGAUGGCAAAGAUGUCACAACUGGGAAGUUUGGGGGAAACAUGGGUUGUGCACACGGGAAGAACAGUUGCUAUGGGCUGCUAGUGAAGUAUGGGCGGUAACACCAACAUUUGGCGGCAUUCUGAGGUAUCUCACUAGCUGCUUUUAUCGUUGGCCAUGAUUGGCCACGCUGACAUGGCGGCGCUAGCCUGUUGUGAAACUUGGAAAUGACUUGGGAUGGGGGGGGCUGACCAGACUCACCACUGAGGCAGCAUCUUCUUUGCUGCUCUCACUUCCAUCGGUCAGUCGUAAGCCUAGACGGACAGCUGGCUGGACACCUUCAAGAAUAUAGCCGACCAGACAAUAGGGGAGCAAACCGCGACCGCGCUUGAGCAACCACUCCAUACCCGCACGCACGAUCUGCUGGUAACAUAACAGACCGCAGGAAAACACGCGGUAACAGCUGAUGGGUUCGACGGUGACCGUUCCGAUUCCCACACCACUUGCCACUACUACUAACCGCCGCCGCCCACACCACCUCGACCACACGAUCCAUCACCACACCACCCACUACUCCCUCGUCCAGCUCCAGCUCCAACCAUACCCGACAUGAGCUCCUGGAUGAACGAUGCCGCAGUCCCGAACCACAAUGGCAACGGCUACCCCCACCUCAAUGUCAACGCCAACGUCAACCUCAACGACCCGGCCGCCAUGACCAACAACAUGGCCGCCGCCGGCGUCAUUGACCCGGCCGCCUUCAUGGCCGCUGCCAAUCCCCAGGUCGCCGCUCAGUUCAACGUCAACCCGGGAACCACCAUCAACCCCGCCCAGUUCGCGAACCCCCAGAUGCUCGCCAUGCAGAACGGCCCCAUGCGCAAUGCCUCGCCCGCCUUCAACAACGCCAUGUACCAGACGAACCCCAUCAUCCCCUCCAAGCGCCCCCGGCCGAGAGAGGAUAGCAUAGGCCAGUCGCCGCGCCAGGCCCCCGGCAUGAUUCCGACCUCACGCGCCGACACCCCCCAGCAGUCGCAGUUCCCCGGCUUUCAACAGCAGCCCGCCAUGGGCCAGCCACCGACAGGGCAGCCGAAUCCAUAUCCCCACCUGCAACCGAACGGCUCCGCGAAUGCGACGCCCUCGCCUAUAAUGAGCAACCAGAUGCGCCCCGGCAGCGUACCCCAACGAGUGGCCACGGCCUCACCACAUCCCUUUUCGCCCGCCGCGCAACAGUUUCCGCAAAACUCGCCCAUACCGUCCGAUCAUGGCGGCACGCCUCAGCCCAACUACAUGCAGCAGAACUUUGCCCAAUCCUUCAACCCCCAGUUCGCGCAAGCGCAACCGCCAGCACGACCGAGCCCGUCACCGAACCCCAUGGCUAGCCAGAUGAUGCAGCAACAGAUGGCUGGGAUACCGCAACAGCUACAGAUGCAUGGGCAGUUACACGGUCAGAUGGGCGGGCAAAUACCGGGACAGAUGGGCGGGCAGAUGGGCGCACAAAUUCCAGGACAGAUGCCAGGCCAAAUGGGAGGGCAAAUGGGAGGUCAAAUGGGAGGGCAAAUGGGAGGCCAAAUGGGAGGACAGAUGCCGGGACAGAUGGCCGGUCAGAUGGCCGGUCAGAUGGCCGGUCAAAUGGCGGGUCAAAUACCUGGUCAGAUGCCGAGUCAGAUGGUCGGCCAGAUGCCAGGACAGAUGCCAGGGCAAAUGCCCAGCCAGAUGGCCGGACAGAUGCAGGGCCAGAUGUUCCCUCAACAGAUGCAACAAAUGCCCCAGCCCAGAAACGCCAUGGAGCAGCAACGGCUGAUGUAUCAGAUGCAACUUCAACGACAGGCAAACAUGCAAAUGCAACAACAGAUGGUCGGCCAAAACAUGAUGCAACCACACAAUGCGGCUCAAGCUCAGGCACAACAUGCUCACGUUCAACAAGCUCAAGCUGAAGCGCGAGCUCAGGCGGCGCAUCGGAACUUGAUGGCUGCCAGAGGAGGACAGAUGGUUCCCACGGGAAUGCGCCCCCAGCAGGGGAUGCCUCAGCAACAGCAGCAGCAGCAGCAGCACCCACAGCAGCAGCCCAUGGGAAGGGGUGACCCCAAUUCGUUCAUCAAGAACUUGACGGCCUUCAUGAACAGCAAGAACAUGCCAUUGGAGAUCAGCCCGGUUGUUGAAGGUCGCCCAAUCAACCUAGCCUCCCUGUUUCAGCUUGUAUACCACAAGUUUGGAGGGUAUCGCAACGUGACGCAGUCGAAUGUUUGGCCGCAAAUCACACAAAUGCUCGGAUAUCCUGUCCACCAGGUACCUCACGCGCCACAGCAUAUCAAGACUGUCUACGAACGGAAUAUCCUCAAGUUCGAAGAGGCAUGGACGGCACAACAGCGGGCCCGGCAGGCCGGUGUUAUGUCCACCCCGCAAAACAUGCAACAAGCCCAGCCCAUGAAGCCGAUGCCACCAGGACAGAUGCCGCCUAAUCAGAUGAUGUCAGCUGGACCGCAGCCACCUAUACAACCGGGCCAGAUGCAGUCACCCAUGAAACCCCCAGUUGCGCAACAACCGAAUGUUAAUGGCUUUCCUGGGGCGCAUCCGGGGCAACAACAAGCGAAUGCCGGCCCAAUGGGCCAUCCCCGUAAUAGCCUUUCAAGAAGCUCACAACCUACGCCAACGGCAGAGGAGUUCCCCAUGCCGUCGCCGGCGCACAGCAAGACUGGAAGCAUGUCGAUGCCAGGAUCUGCCCACCCGGAGAAUCAGAUGAUGCCAGGGCAGGGCAUUGAGGCCGCGCCUGGAUUCCCUAAGCCAACGCGGGAUCCGGAGCUCUACAUUCCUUGUUCGAGAGAGGUCACCACAUAUGGCGGCGUGGAUCUUGGCUCGGUAGAACAUUUUGCGGAACAGCUAAGAAAGUUCAAGCCAGACGUUCCCCAUCUUACCGAUCUGGGAAAUAUUGACGUACAUGCUCUAACCAAGAGCAUCCAAAGUGGUAUUCACGGCGAAGUGCGGCUUGCUUUGGAUGUGCUUGGGACAGUAUCGGCCACAUCACCAGAAAGCGGCAAACAGGACCCUCCUCAACCGUAUCUUCCCCUCGAUCUGCGACACUGCGACGACUUGGUAGAAACACUGAUAGAAUGCGCCGAGGAGCAAGUUGAUCUGCUAGCUGAGAACUCGGAAGAAGCUUCCGACGAGAUCACCAUCACCUCGUAUGAAGAUGUUGUUCGCGCCUGUCGCAUCGAGAAAUUUGCCCUUCGCAGCGUGCCCCUCUUUGGCUCUCAGGAGUACGAGCUCGACCAAGCCGCUGACAGGCUAAUAGCCAUCACCACCAUCCUGCGCAACCUCUCUUUCCUUGAGGAGAACCAGGCCUGUCUCGCCGACGAGUCCGUCAUUCGCUUCCUGUGCAUGGCCAUCCGCUACCUCGGCACGCGCGAGAUGUUGCUCCGCACGCAGGUCAACACUCUAGACUUUAUGAAAGACCUGGUCAUUCUGCUCUCCAACAUCACACGUUGCGUGGAGAUGCCAGGGAGAGAACAAGCCUUUUGCCUGCUCCAAUUUCUCCUUGCUUUCGCUCCCUCACCCGCUCCAAGCAUGUCCCCUUCACCCGACGGCAAUGAUUCUGAUCUGGGAAUCCUCUUCUUCACGCCUUACGAUCCCUCUCUUCACCCAUACCUUCCACACGCAAUCGACUCGCUCGCCAAACUCCUUGCUCGCGAUGAGCCGAACAGGACGUACUACAAAACCAUAUUUGCCAGCGAAUCCCCCUCACCAGGCCAAGUGUCGCCAGCAGACCUGCUGGUAACCCGCACCUUUGCCCUCGCCAUCUCGCCCAUCCCGGACCUUUCCGCCCCAAACACGCGUCCCGCGAACAUCCCUUCUCUGAUCGAAGUCAGGAAGCCGUUCCUCAUGCAAGGUCUCCUAGCAGCAGAUAUUCUGGCCUCCAUCACCCCCGAUGGGCCCGUCGGCGCUGGAGUCGGCGCCGACGCAGCCGAAAAUGGACCAGUGGCUGCCAGCGGUGGGGUGAAUGUUGCCAGAGUAUGGCUCUCCAGCGGCAACGGCCUCGUGCAGAACCUCUUCUACUUGGUUCGCCAACUAAGCAUGCAAUACGAGUCGCAACCCGUCGGUCCCGUCAGGCCCACAGGACGCGGGGGCGCCAACCAGCAACAUAACAAGCGGGAUGCGGAUCUGGUGUACAUUGUCAGCUUGGCGGUUAGCAUGCUGAGGAAGUUGGGGGAGAAGGCUGCGAAGGAUUCAUGGCCUUUGGGUAGUAGCAAAUAUCGAAAUGGCGGAGCCAUGGCGGAUAGGAUGGAAGGCAUAACAGAUGAAGAGGGAAGUGAAUGGGAAGGAGGGGGCGGAGGAUGGGAAAGGCAGAGGCAACAAGAUGGCCUGCCGGCGUGCGCGGUAUUGCCCGGGAAGGAUACGUUGCUGGGAGCGCUGCAGAUGGGCGCGGCGGAAUGGGGGAAGGAGGGCAUGUUGAAGGAUUUGGUUGCUUUCUGUAACUUGGUAGAGUGACGGGUUUCGUUUAUCUUUUUUUAUCUUUUUUAGUCUUUGGGGAAGUCAAUGAAUGAACGGAUGGGGUUUGCUUGGUAGACGUGAUCCUUUAUAAGGCGUUGUUGCAUGCAGUGGCCGAGAGGUGGGAGGUGCAUGAUGCAGGAAGAAGAGGACGAGGCGUGGUGGUGAUGAAAUUCGAAAGAAUGAGAUACGUGACAUGUUUAAGGAAAAGCGAUUGAAAAGAACUUGAGCACAGGAUAGGGUGGGAAUCAAUUGAAGAAGAACAGAGAGAGAAAAAAAGAAUUCGUACAUAAUAGAGGAGUUCUGCCCUGUUUUGUCUGUGUCAAGAGUAGGCG